AUUUUAUCUUUUUAUCAGUGUAUUUUAGUCAUAUGUACGACGGGGAUUGUUCUGUWGUUCAAGAGUUGGCGUUGAGACUUGAUAAGAAGGAUAUGACCAUGAAGGAUGUUACAUCAUUGGCAGAUAUCCUUGAAGCUCCCGAAAUCAUUAAAUCAAAAUGCAGAUCAAACUACAACCACAGCCCUUCAUCGGACCUCAUUAAUUUGCCUGAAGUUUCAACAAGUAAAAUGAAGGAUUUUGUUGCCAAACUGGGAAACAUUGAAAGGAAAGAUGUAAUUGAUAUAAUAAAUGCAGCAAAAAUUCCAGAGACUGCACAAGUUGAAAUUCUGCUGCUGAAAUAUCAYRAAGUCUUWGARCGUCUUACAAGCAUGCUUGAUCAGCCUGGUACUUUMAACUGGAAGCGUCUUGGCAGAGAGUACAAAAUCGAUUCCACGCAGUUAGAUAUUUUAGAAAAGGGAAUAAACUCGGCUGAGCGCUUCUUGAUUGAGUAUGCAUACAAAGCAGUACCAAGGGAAGAUCUAAAGUUAAGUACCCUAGUCACCCACAUGUCAGCACUUGGAAGAGAAAAGGAAAUAGAAGACCUUUUGGAGAACAUCAAAGCGAAUGACCAUUCCCAAUCAAUGAAGAAAGUUUUCGCACCAAACACGGACAACAUGGAGGAACUUUGUAAACUUCUUAACAAAGGCACCAAAGGUUGGCAGCAUUUGGCAGAAAAGUGGAAUUUAGAUUGUGCGAGGUAUUAUUGGUUCAUCGCUGACACGAAUGCCAGCGCAACAGAGAUCUUGUUGGAAUGGCUUAUGAUUAAGAAACCGGAGUUUACAGUUGCUCAGCUCGACAAAAGUUUGCAAGAUAUUGGAAGACAAGAUGCCCGUGACAUUUUGGACGAAAAAUUUAAAGAAUGCAUUGCAAAACUCCUCUUGUAGACUAAAAAGAUUGCAUGGAAAUAGGAAAAUAGUUUUGAUUAUUAUUGCACAAUCACAUUACACGCGUCUAAUUAAGGUGUUUAGAUCGUAAUAAAUAGCGUUUCGCGCGUAUUUUUAAACUCCAAUUACGUCGCAAAUUUCGAUUCAAUUGCACUCAAAUUUUCACAGAAGUAACAGUGAUUAUCGAUAA